AGUAUCAAGUCUCUUCUCCAGUAUCAGUGUAUCUUCAGACUUACCCAGCAUCGUUGUCCGUCCUCUUCAGUACUUUGGAGAUGUGAGUAAGACUGUGUCUGAACUGAGAGAGAAACUAGAAGACUUCCUUAAAGGAGAAUGGACCAAGAUCUCACUACAGUGAAUAUAGUGGAUGUUGUACUGCCUCCAGAGCCCAAGACCAGAGAACAGUUGUUACAAUAUUCCUGUCAGCUCACACUGGACCCAAACACAGCACACACAUGCCUCUCUCUGUCUGAAGGGAACAGAAAGGUGACUUAUACAAACCAAGUCCAACCAUAUCCUGAUCAUCCAGACAGAUUCACCAACCACUACCAGGUUCUGUGUAAAGAGGGUCUGUCUGGACGCUGUUACUGGGAGGUGGAGUGGAGUGGAAGGGGUGUUAUUACAGCAGUCUCAUAUAAAGACGUCAGCAGAACAGUGAGAGGUAAUAUAUUUGGAGACCUGGAGUUUACAGUCCUGGAGUUUACAGUGCUUUAGUGAUGAUUAUUGUUU